AAGAUAACAUCCCACGUACUGAAAGAAAUGGAAAGGAUGUUAUGCCCGCAGUUAAUACGAUUUGCGCCAGAAGAUUCACUUAGCUGCAAGGAGUGGUACGUGGAGCAGUACAAAAUACCUGGAGUUAUAGGGUGCGUUGAUGGCACUCACAUCGGCUUGCAAAAGCCUACAGCAAACGAGCACAUGUUCUUGAAUAGGAAAAGCAUCAACGCAAUGGUAGUAUGUGACCACACCUACAAAAUUUUGGCAAUCAAUUGCCAAUACGGUGGUGCAGCUCACGACUCCUUCAUUUGGAAACAUUCAGACCAGAGAAGAGUUUUGGAAGAAGGAUUUCAGGACAAUAGGCAGGAUAACUCAUGUCUUUUAGGGGAUUCUGGCUACCCCUUUGAACCAUGGUGCAUAACCCCUUAUAGAAACGCUUUCGAUGGUUCAAGUGAAGCAAUUUUCAAUGACAUUCACUCCAAGGCAAGAUGCAUUAUUGAAAGAAGCAUUGGAAUUCUAAAAGGGCGCUGGAGAAUUUUAGGAUAUGGCAAGAGAGCACGAUACUAUCCUACAAAAGUGGCAAGAUUUGCUAACGUAUGUGCUGCAUUACACAACGUCUGCAUUAAAUUUAAAAUUAACAAUCCUCAGAAUUAUGACUCUGACCAUUCACUUGAAAUCGACGCCGGUGAAGCAAAUCAUCUCACUACAAUAGGCCAAACAAUUAGAGACCAAAUAAGAUAUUCCUUACUAAAUUUUUCUCGAAAUUAAAAAUAUAUGUACACAUACA